GGGCGGCGGCGGCUGGGCUGUUGCUUUGCCAGGCCGGCUUGUGAGCUGAGCGGCGGUAAAGGCGCGUGUCGGCCGCUCACUGGCGCAGCCGCUGCCGCCGCCGCUGCCGCCGCCCGGCCCCGCCCCGGCGUUGUCUCAGGCGCUGUCGCGGAGGAAGCGCGGCCCCGGCAUGGGCAGGAAGGGGGACGCGAGCGGCGUGUGUGCCGCGGCUGCGCGGCCGGUGACAGGGGUUUGCUAUAAAAUGGGACUUCUGAUUGUGCUCACUGGACUGUGGCUAUUUUCCUCAGUAAAGGCAGAUUCAAAAGCGAUUACAACCUCUCUUACGACAAAAUGGUUUUCCACUCCAUUGUUGUUAGAAGCCAGUGAGUUUUUAGCAGAAGACAGCCAAGAGAAGUUUUGGAAUUUUGUAGAAGCCAGUGAAAAUAUUGGAUCAUCAGAUCAUCACGAUACUGAUUCUUCCUAUUAUCAAGCUAUAUUGGAAGCUGCAUUUCAGUUUCUGUCACCUCUGCAGCAGAAUUUGUUGAAGUUUUGUCUGUCUCUUCGUUCCUAUUCAGCUACAAUUCAAGCCUUCCAGCAGAUAGCAGCUGAUGAACCUCCACCAGAGGGAUGUAAUUCGUUCUUUUCAGUGCAUGGGAAGAAGACUUGUGAUUUUGAUGCCCUUGAGACCCUUCUCCCAACAGCGUCUGAAAGACCCAAACCUUUAUUGUUCAAAGGCGAUCACAGAUAUCCCUCAUCUGACCCUGAAAGCCCAGUGGUGAUUUUCUACUCUGAGAUUGGCUAUGAGGAAUUUUAUAAUUUCCACCGCCAACUUACAUCAAAAAGCAGUGCAGGCAAAAUCAAUUACGUAUUCAGACAUUAUGUAUCUAAUCCCAGGAAGGAGCCUGUCUACCUCUCCGGCUAUGGUGUGGAAUUAGCCAUUAAGAGCACUGAGUACAAAGCCAAGGAUGAUACUCAGGUGAAAGGAACUGAGGUAAACACCACAGUGAUUGGUGAAAAUGAUCCUAUUGAUGAAGUUCAAGGAUUUCUCUUUGGAAAAUUACGAGACCUGCACCCUGCCCUGAAGGAGCAGUUGAAAGAACUCAGAAAGCAUCUUGUGGAGAGCACCAAUGAAAUGGCACCUUUAAAAGUCUGGCAAUUGCAAGAUCUCAGUUUCCAGACGGCUGCCCGCAUCUUGGCUGCUCCUGUUGAGUUAGCUCUGGUGAUCAUGAAGGACCUUAGUCAGAAUUUUCCUACCAAAGCCAGAGCAAUAACAAAAACAGCUGUGAGUUCAGAACUUAGAACCGAAGUGGAAGAGAAUCAGAAGUAUUUCAAGGGAACUUUAGGAUUACAGCCUGGAGAUUCAGCGCUGUUCAUCAAUGGACUUCAUAUUGAUUUAGAUACACAAGAUAUAUUCAGUCUGGUUGAUGUCUUGAAGAAUGAAGCUCGGGUAAUGGAGGGUCUGCACAGACUGGGAAUAGAAGGCCUUUCUCUGCAUAAUGUUUUGAAACUGAACACCCAGCCCUCUGAGGCCGACUAUGCCGUAGACAUCAGGAGUCCUGCUAUUUCAUGGAUCAACAACCUGGAGGUUGAUAGCAGGUAUAAUUCAUGGCCUUCUAGUCUACAGGAGUUGCUUCGACCCACCUUUCCUGGUGUGAUCCGGCAGAUCAGGAAGAACUUGCAUAACAUGGUUUUCAUAGUUGAUCCUGCUCAUGAGACCACAGCGGAGUUGAUGAACACAGCUGAGAUGUUCCUCAGUAAUCAUAUACCACUAAGGCUUGGUUUAAUCUUUGUGGUUAAUGACUCUGAAGACAUUGAUGGGAUGCAGGAUGCUGGAGUGGCUGUUCUGAGAGCGCAUAAUUAUGUCGCCCAAGAAGCGGAUGAUUAUCAUGCCUUCCAAACUCUGAUACAUAUAUAUAACAAAGUAAGAACUGGAGAAAAAGUGAAAGUUGAACACGUGGUCAGUGUCCUGGAGAAGAAAUAUCCAUAUGUAGAAGUAAACAGCAUUUUGGGGAUUGACUCUGCUUAUGAUCAAAAUCGGAAGGAAGCGAGAAGCUAUUAUGAGCAGACUGGAGUUGGUCCGCUGCCUGUCGUUCUGUUCAAUGGAAUGCCCUUGGAAAAGGAACAGCUAGAUCCUGAUGAACUGGAAACCAUCACAAUGCACAAAAUCCUGGAGACCACAACCUUCUUCCAAAGAGCAGUGUACUUGGGUGAACUGUCGCACGAUCAGGAUGUGGUAGAGUACAUCAUGAAUCAGCCAAAUGUCGUUCCACGAAUCAAUUCGAGGAUUCUCACGGCCGAGCGACAGUACCUGGAUUUAACGGCAACCAAUAAUUUUUUUGUGGAUGAUUAUGCUAGGUUUACUGUCUUGGAUUCUCAAGGAAAGACUGCUGCUAUAGCCAAUAGUAUGAACUAUCUGACAAAGAAAGGAAUGUCCUCCAAGGAAAUCUAUGAUGAUUCUUUUAUUAGGCCAGUAACUUUUUGGAUUGUUGGGGAUUUUGAUAGCCCUUCUGGAAGGCAAUUAUUGUAUGAUGCUAUUAAACAUCAGAAAUCCAGUAACAAUGUUAGAAUAAGCAUGAUCAAUAAUCCUAGCGACGAUGUAACUUAUGAGAACACUCAGAUCUCCAGAGCAAUCUGGACAGCUCUGCAAACGCAGACCUCCAACUCUGCUAAGAACUUCAUCACAAAAAUGGCCAAGGAGGAGACUGCAGAGGCCCUGGCUGCAGGAGCUGACAUUGGGGAGUUCUCUGUUGGGGGCAUGGAUUUCAGUCUUUUUAAAGAGGUCUUUGAGUCUUCCAAAAUGGAUUUCAUUUUGUCUCAUGCCAUGUACUGCAGGGAUGUUCUGAAGCUGAAGAAGGGACAGAGGGCGGUGAUCAGCAAUGGAAGGAUCAUUGGGCCACUGGAGGAUAGUGAGCUCUUUAAUCAGGAUGAUUUCCACCUCCUAGAAAAUAUCAUCUUAAAAACUUCGGGACAGAAAAUCAAAUCUCAUAUUCAACAGCUUCGGGUGGAAGAAGAUGUGGCAAGUGACUUGGUAAUGAAGGUGGAUGCUCUCCUGUCAGCUCAACCAAAAGGAGAUGCAAGAAUCGAGUACCAGUUUUUUGAAGACAGACACAGUGCAAUUAAGCUGAGGCCAAAGGAAGGGGAGACGUACUUUGAUGUCGUGGCUGUCAUUGACCCCGUCACCAGGGAAGCACAGAGACUCGCCCCCUUGCUUUUGGUUUUAACUCAGCUGAUCAACAUGAAUCUAAGAGUAUUUAUGAACUGCCAAUCUAAGCUUUCCGACAUGCCUCUAAAAAGCUUUUACCGUUAUGUCUUGGAACCAGAGAUUUCUUUCACUUCAGACAAUAGCUUUGCCAAGGGUCCAAUAGCAAAAUUUUUGGAUAUGCCACAGUCUCCUCUGUUCACUCUGAAUUUGAACACACCUGAGAGUUGGAUGGUAGAGUCUGUCAGGACACCAUAUGAUCUUGAUAAUAUUUAUUUAGAAGAGGUGGACAGCGUGGUGGCUGCUGAAUAUGAGCUGGAGUACCUCUUACUGGAAGGUCACUGCUAUGACAUCACCACAGGCCAGCCCCCGAGAGGACUGCAGUUCACUCUGGGAACUUCAGCCAGCCCAGUCAUCGUGGACACCAUCGUGAUGGCCAAUCUGGGCUACUUCCAGUUAAAAGCCAACCCGGGCGCUUGGAUCCUCAGGCUAAGGAAGGGGCGCUCGGAGGAUAUCUAUAGGGUCUACAGCCACGACGGUACAGAUUCUCCGCCUGAUGCCGAUGAAGUUGUUGUCGUCCUCAACAACUUCAGGAGCAAAAUUAUUAAAGUGAAGGUUCAGAAGAAGGCAGACAUGGUGAAUGAAGACCUGCUGAGUGAUGGAACCAAUGAGAACGAAUCUGGAUUUUGGGACUCCUUCAAAUGGGGCUUUACGGGAGGACAGAAGACUGAAGAAGUGAAACAAGAUAAAGAUGACAUAAUUAAUAUUUUCUCUGUUGCAUCUGGUCACCUCUAUGAGAGAUUUCUUCGCAUAAUGAUGCUCUCAGUACUGAAGAACACCAAGACUCCUGUGAAAUUCUGGUUCUUGAAGAAUUAUUUGUCCCCCACAUUUAAGGAGUUUAUACCUUACAUGGCAAACGAGUACAGUUUCCAGUAUGAGCUUGUUCAGUACAAAUGGCCCCGGUGGCUCCAUCAGCAGACUGAGAAGCAGCGCAUCAUCUGGGGUUACAAGAUCCUCUUUCUGGACGUGCUCUUCCCGCUGGUUGUCGACAAGUUCCUGUUUGUGGAUGCUGAUCAGAUUGUACGAACAGAUCUGAAAGAGUUAAGAGAUUUCAAUUUGGACGGUGCCCCUUAUGGUUAUACUCCUUUCUGUGAUAGCCGACGAGAAAUGGAUGGCUACAGGUUCUGGAAAUCAGGAUACUGGGCCAGUCAUUUAGCUGGGCGAAAGUAUCAUAUCAGUGCAUUGUAUGUCGUGGAUCUGAAGAAGUUUAGGAAAAUAGCUGCUGGUGACAGACUCAGAGGACAGUAUCAAGGUCUGAGUCAGGAUCCUAACAGCCUUUCAAAUCUUGAUCAAGAUUUGCCCAAUAACAUGAUCCAUCAAGUGCCAAUUAAAUCACUCCCUCAAGAAUGGCUUUGGUGUGAAACAUGGUGUGAUGAUGCCUCUAAGAAAAGGGCAAAAACAAUUGACCUGUGUAAUAAUCCAAUGACCAAAGAGCCCAAGCUGGAAGCAGCUGUUCGAAUUGUCCCCGAGUGGCAGGACUACGACCAGGAGAUCAAGCAGCUGCAGAUGCGCUUCCAGAAGGAGAAGGAGACGGGAGCACUGCAUAAGGAGAAGACGGUACCAGAGCCCAGCCGCGAGGGACCUCAGAAACGUGAAGAAUUAUGAUCUCCAGAGGACGAUAGGAAAUUACACCAUUUGAAAAACACUUUUUAUAUUAAAUGCUAGUUUUUUCUGAUCUGUCUAUACAACUGCUGAUGAACUGGCCGGGCAGGUGUGCCACGCCUUUUGAUUCUGAGCGUUGAUUUUGACUUCUGCACGUCGGUGGGCUCUGGAUCUUUGGAGUCAAGGCUCUCUUGGAUUUGUCCCUCAGAGGAAGACAAGGGCUGAUGCUUUGGAACUCUGUGGGGGGCAGUCUUCUAACCAGAGGGGAGAAUGGUGAAGGGAAUUGGACGGAAACAAGUGCUGGGGUGUGCCACCAAGAGCACAAGUGUGCCGCACUGUCACGGGAAGCCAACCAGCCAGGGCCGCCGUGUCCUUCCUUACCUCAGUUUCCCUGCAGUGGAGCCCAGUCUGCAGCCUGCGCUGUGGGGCAGGUCCCGUCCGGAGCCGCAUCGGCAGAAGUUUUGUCCGAGGUCCACACGGCUCGAGGUUUAUGCCAGUGUGCUCCUGUGCCCUUCCGGCCUUCUCUUCCCCGACAUCAGGGUCAUUAUUGAAUUGAAACCCAACCAGCAAUCAUGUGUCUUCAGGGUUGGCACAGGGCAAAUUAAUUUUGGGACAGGCUGGGGGUGGGUGGGGGUGAGGGUAGGGAAAAUAUCAGGAGAAGCAGGCUCCGGGGGUUGUGGGGAGGUGAGGAAGACCAGAAAUUGGCUGUUCUCUUUUAUAAACCAUCAGUACCAUUGUGACUAAUUUGAAAUGAAAACGUUAUUCUUAUUCUCCACCAACCCCGGUGAACUUUUUAGCUAAUUGUUUUAUAAACAAUUUUUGUAUUUGUGAAAGUCUUUGCUUUUUCUUCCCGCUUUCUAAAGAUACUGUCUCUUACUGACUUCCUUACUGGAUACAGCCAUAGCGAGUCUCUGGGAGCCGUGCUGGGGCUCUGGGCUCCCUCAGGACAGGCACACGUCCUCCCCCUCUCCUCUGGAGGAUGUUUCUCCCUCAGACCAGGGCAGUUGGCUUUGACUUUUCUCCGCAAAAGGCCCCCAGGUCUGAGACCAGGAGAGAUUUGGCUGUGUGAGUCCUGUUUUUCUGUACACCCUUGCGUAUUGCUUUUAGUUUAAGGCUGUGGGUUGCAGAAACUGCCAGCACUCUGCCCAUUCUGACUCCACAUAGUUGAUCUGGAAGCAGCGUUGCUUUUUGUGUCUUUCCUUCGGCAGCCCAGCAUGGCCCUUCCAGAGCAACCUUUGCUGGUGAGUGGGCCGUGCUGGGAGGCCCCCCACAGGAGGCUUCCAGAGUGCUGCUGGCCUCGUGGGGGUGCCGCUCCAGGUCCGUCCCCCCCACUGCAAGCAGCUUUUGUCUCUCAUGUUUUGCCUGCUUUUUAAAAAUAGGAGGAGGGGGCGCAAAUGGAGAGCUAAGUCCUGACUCUUCUCAGCCAGGUCACGUAUUGACUUGCAGUCUCUUAAAAAUCAAAGUCUUAACAAACAUCAAGUAAUUUAUUUUUGCUGUAUCCACCUGCACAGAUUUGCUCAGGAGUCUCUCAGGCAUUCGGAAGGAGCUUUUGAGUUUGUUUUUAUAAUUCCGUUAAAAAUUGGGGAAGGGGGCAGCCCAAAAGAUUUUUAGAAAAUUGAUCCAAGACUGGAAGAUCCCUCCGAGUCAUUGCUGUUGACAAAGGCUGUAGCAGGAGUCCCCUGCUCAGAGCAGCGGCAGGGGUGGAUCAGUGGCAGUAAAAAGAGUGGUUCGGCUUCCUCUGAGGGUUCACGGAGCCUGCUGAGAGACCCGUGUUUGCUGUCUGCAGCUGCAGGCAGAGUGGUGCAUUUUUCUAGUUUAUUCUCUGAGAGGUUGAGCAGGAAAUACUAAAGUCAUGGGAUAUGCUUUUAAAAUGCUGGUUCCUUGGGACAUGGAACAAGCCACUUCCUCUGUGUCUUUCCAUCAGGUCUCUUAGGCAUAUUCCGUAUGAGAAAGUGCAGUGUGAAACCUCUUCUCUGUGUAGUGUUUAUCCUCAUUUCCCCUUGUUCGUCCCACCCUAAACAUCAGUCUUAUUAAUAUUGAAUCUAAAUAUGCAAGGCCCAGCUUGCUCCUGAAGUGGCCUAGAGCCCGCCUCUCCUGCCAGUGACUGUGGUUCAUGAGACGCAAGCACCUUUCACCGUGAGCCUCUGGUGCCCGAGGGAAUGCUGUUUCCACAAAAAUCUGGUCUUGGUUAGCACUGUCUUUUGCCUCCACUGUGUGAGAGCAGAUUGUGACUGAAAAGAUAGGUAGGAGAGAGUUUUUUCCAAGGAAUAAGAAUUAGUUGCAUGAAAUGUUCAAGCUUCUGGAAACUUCACAGUGAGUUGUUUUUAACUGUGUAAUGGAUUUUUCUCUCUCAAUAUGCCCUACUGGAAAAUUUUCUUUCUGAAUCAGUGCCAGAGUGAUAUGAAAUAAUGUGACAUGUCAGAAUGACACGCCACAGUGUAAGUUGUUGUGUUCUGUGAACAGUGGUAUUUGAUUGAGCUCAAAACCCAAGCACAGAGCCUGCUGCUGGGCGUGUGGAGCAUGCCUGUGUUUUGUUUUAAAAUUGUCCUCAAUACUCGCCGCACUGAGAAGGAUGUGCCGACUGUCAGACGCUGCAUUUCCAAUGGAAACAUGCAGAUGUUCGCUGCCUGCCAAGUGCAUGUGCAUCCUGGAGGGCCCACGUGUGGGGUGAGCUCAGCUGUUGGAAGAGCAAAGAUUGUACAUCUAUUAAGAAAUAGUUUCCAAGAAUGGAGCUUAAUUUACUCUGCUGUCCUUAAGUCCUCAUAUUAUGAACUGCGUGAAUGAACAACUUUUAUCUGGUUGCAGGACCGAGAGUCCCUGAGUGAAGGGCUGAAAGCUAGAGGUGGCAGUGCAGUUUUCAGAAGAGAGGGACUGGCCCAGGGGAUAGGGAGCAAAGGAAUCCCAGUUUCCUUUUGCUGGGAAUUAUCCUUUACUGGCACCAUAAUUGGAAGAGGUCAGACACCACCCUCAUAGCAGUGAGUGUAAAUGAUUCCGCUUCCCCCACAUCUCCUGUGUGAGUCAAUUUGGGUACUUGAAAGCAGUCCUUUCCUAAAAUUGCCAUGAAUGAUUAAAAGAAAUAAUUCAACUUAAGAGUUACAGGAAAUAUCUACUACAUUUUCUGAAUAAAAUGUUAUUACUAUGGUAUCAAAUUUCAUGGAAAUGGAAAUGUUUUGGUAAAGCCACCUAAUGGAAACUUUGUCUUGGUAACAACAAAUGGAGGGUGCAUUGUGUGCAAAAUUAUUUAAUAUAUAUUCCAUUGUGUAAUUUUAAUAAUUAGGUUUUUUAAGUAUUUGAUUUUAUGGGGACACUUUUGUGGGAUGGUAAAUCAACUUAAAUAUAGCUGUCAUGUGUCUAGUUGGGUGGGAUAACAUUUUUUAUUUAAGCUCAUGUUUUCCCUGCCUUGAUGUAGUGAGGAAAGAUCUUAAUCAGGACUUUGGUAAUUACCUGAUUGAAUUCAAGCAAAGUAGACUUCAUUAACUCGGGUCCUUACUGAUAUUUCAAAGUAUCUGGAGGAUUUCAAUUUCUCUUUCAUUAUUUGGUCUUUGAUUUCUCAAUUUAAUACAGAAACGACACUUCUGAGUGGCAUUGAGUCAGUGCACUGAGUAGAGGCUCUCUCCCCCUUAGGGUCUCACUGAGUACUGAUAAUUUAUAAAAACAAACCGCAAAAUCGGUUUCAGGAAGCUGCAUUCUCCCCAGAAGUAGUGCAUAAAGUUUCAACUCCAUGGUAAUGAUUUUGCAAGCAAGAGGCCAUCUGAGACUUUCCCAGUUACCUAGCAACACAGAGGCCAAACGUGGAAGAUUUGCUAGGACACAAGUUAGGGCAGGAGCUAAGGCCUUCGUCCCACUGUAACUUAUACAUUGCCUUACUUGUCACCAGUUAGAUUUCCAGAGAAAUGGGCAUGAUUCCUUUCCAAAAUAAAAGAAAAUACAUUAACCUAAGGUCAACAAUUUGAGAAAAAGAUUAUCAAAUACCAUGUUUUCCAACCAGUUAUCCUUGGUAAUAACGGGAAAAUGUUCGAAUUUUUAAGGAAACUAUGUACUUAAAAACAAGAACACCUUCUUUAUAACUGUUCUGUUUUACUUCAGUCCUUCUCCAUUCAAUGCAGCCUAGGUCCAGGUGCUGCCUCUCGCUUGGAAACAAGCUUUGGGGCUCUUAAUGUCCAUAGAGCCCUCUGCACCUGAAGUGAACUGAGAAUGAAUUUCUGGGUACUGUAAUGAAAACAAGGUCUGGUCAACAAAUAAACUUUUUCUUCUCUUCUUUAAA